UGGUAUUCAGUACUUAUGGGUCCGGUCACCACUACAAAUAGGAUAAGAGAGACGUUAUGGCUGAAUCCUUAAAGCCAGUGGGGACUGGGGAGUUAGCUCAGAGAUCUACAGACCGUUAGAUUGUUAUUAUUCACAACGUUUGACAGACGUUGUCGUCUCUCUGCCUCUGCCGCUGCCGCUGCAUUAUAAAUUCUUGGCAAAGUCGGCUUUCCACAACUCUCUCUCUCGCCUUCUCCAACGUCGCCGGAGAUUGUGGGAAGUGAGUUAGGGAUUUUUUUUUGCCGUUCGGACGCGUGGCAGUCAUGGGGUGCGCCACGUCGAAACUCGACGACCUCCCGGCCGUCGCUCUCUGCCGUGACCGCUGCAACUUUCUCGAGGACUCCGUACAGCUGCGUUACGAUCUGGCCGAUGCACAUGUGGCGUACAUGCAGUCUCUCACCACCAUUGGUGUCUCACUCCACCGUGUCUUCGAUCAUGUUGCGAACCACUCUGAUUCUAAAACAAAAGAUGACGCGGUCGCUGCUGCAACCGCCUGCGCCGGGGAUUCUCUGGGGAAUCGUUCUGGCUCGGACUGUUCGCAUCUGCAGUUUCGUUCCGAUAGUGAAGACGAUAAUGAUGGCGGUUCGGAAUCUUUGAAGAAUAAUUAUGUUCUUGAGCACGAAACCCUAGGUUCAAUAAAUUAUGAAAAGAAUCACCCGGCCCAGUCUGUGGCGUGUUAUUCUUUUCCUGAUUAUGGCCCUAACUCGUAUCAGUACUUCGAUUCCUCGACUGCGUACAAUGGCGAGAUGAUCACUGGUUUCUUUCACGCUCCGAGUCCGUCACCGUUGCCAGCGUCCGGUGGCGGCUACGGAUCGGAUUCGAAGCCCCCUCCGUCUCCGCCACGCAACUCGGCUUGGGAUUUCUUGAAUCUUUUCGAUGAGAGUUACAAAUUGCAGCCUUACUCUCCUAUGCGUGGCUUGGAGGGUGUGAGAGAUGAGGGAAAGCAGGAAGUCGCGAAAGAAGAGCGGAAAUUUGACGAUGGUGCUGGUAAUUGCUCGAAAGUUGCAGAAGAGGAGGGUCAGGGAAGAAACAUCGGCCAAAGUGGGACGAGCGCGUCAAGGGAAGAUGCUGUGGUGGAGUGCGCGGCUCAUACAAUGGAGAAGAGGGAAAAUGUAGAUUCCGAUAAAGAGCCAGUGGAGGAACGGAGCGAUUCCGCUACAAUCGCUCCUACUGGGACCCAAGGCGUCAUGCGAAGUGUCUCCGAGGCUAUGAGAGAAAUACAUGUCCUGUUUGAGAGGGCUUCAGAAUCAGGCGGUGGAGUUUCAAAGAUGCUGGAAGCGGGAAAACUCAAUUAUCAUCCAAAGAGUGGUGUCUAUCAAGCAGUUUCCUCCAAGAUGCUUCAUGUGAUUACCCCAUCAUUGUUAGUGGUAUCCUCACAACCUUCAACUGAGAAUAUUGGUUCUAUAUAUUUGGACUUGAAUGAAGAUAUGGGUAUGAGUUCGGGGAAUCUUUCCUCUACUUUGAAGAAGCUUCACAUGUGGGAGAAGAAACUCUAUGAUGAAGUCAAGGGUGAGGAAAAACUGCGCAUUAUGCAUGAACGGAAGUGUAAGCAGCUGAAACUUUUUGAUGAGAAGGGUGCUGAUGCUCAAAAAGCUGAAACCACUCAAACUUUAGUCCAGAGUAUAUCUACUAAAAUAAGAAUUGCAAUUGAUGUUGUUGACAAGAUAUCAAUCACGAUAAAUAAGUUGAGGGAUGAAGAGUUAUGGCCGCAGAUCAAUGAAUUAAUCCAUGGGUUCAAUGGAAUGUGGAAAGCUAUGCUAGAAUGUCUUAAGAGUCAAUCUCAAGCAGUUUCAGAAGCCAAUAGUUUAGAUGCCAUCAUUUGCAAUGGAAAGCUUAGCGAUGAUUAUCUUGAAGCCCUAAUAGAACUCAAAUUGGAGCUUCAGAACUGGAAUUUGAGGUUCACCAAUUGGAUUGAUACCCAAAAAGGCUUUGUCAAAGGCUUGAAUAGUUGGCUUUUGAGAUGUCUUUUAUAUGAACCUGAAGAAACGCCUGACGGAGCAGUGCCUAUCUCUCCUACUAGCGUUGGGGCACCCCCAGUAUUUGUGAUCUGUAACCAGUGGGCAGAAGCCAUGGAAAGAUUUUCAGCCGAAGAAGUGGUUGAAGCCAUACAAGCCUUUUUCACGACUGUAAAUCAGCUCUUGGAACUGCAUAGUGUAGAUCUGCAGCAGAGGAUGAUUGCAGACAAGGACAUGGAGAGAAAAGUGAAGAACUUGGAGAAGAAGGAGCAAAAGAUGCAGAAGGUGAUGCAAGCUGGAGAGAAAAAGAUGACUCUAGAGCCUGGGGAAAGUGGUUCCCUUUUACCUGGAGUGGCUGUAAAACAGGCUCAGAUGAUCAAUGUUGGUAGUUUACAGUCUGGUCUGCGGCAGAUUUUUGAGGCCAUGGAGAGGUUCACAGCCAACCUGAUGCAAUCUUAUGAGGAGCUUCUUGUAAGCAUUGAAGAUGCAAAGUGUGCUCAAGGGAACCCAUAAACACCAUGGAUUUUUGCCCAAGUGUUAUCCCACCUGCUUAUCUGGUUCUUUGUUGGUCCCCAAGCAUGAUUAUAUCUGAAUGGCCUCCUAGAAAUUGUUCAAUUAUGCAAUACUUCUUUCCAGGGAAAUUUUACAAAUGCUGGCCCAAUUCCUUGUUGAAGUUAAUGAGGGCAAAGGGAUUUUAUAGAUUUUAUCUUCAUUGGAGCCAAGCAUCCUGGUUGCCUUAUCGGCUGAAGGUCAUUGCUGAGGACGAGACCAGUAACUUUCAAUCCCCGCAACCAACUUCCUUUCCAACCCAUGCUUUAGGAUGUUAAGUUGUGACAGAACUGAAGAAAAGCAGGACUACACAAAGUCAUCAACUGGAGUGUGGCUUUUGAGUAGUGAUAUACAAGCUGCGUCAUCAGCUGUCUCUCUUCUUGUCAUGUCAAAAACAAAAUGCUCGUGCCAUAACAAUCAGCUAAGCUGAAAUCAUCAGGACAAUGCUGACUGGAGUUGAAGCUUCCUCAUUGGACUGCGACAGGGGCUGAGUGCAGCUGCAAAAGGGUUUAUGCAAAUUCCUCCACAUUAACAUAAGAACACCAAUAGAGACAUCACACUCCUUGGUACAAACCACCCAUCCUAGUUUUGUGUCAAAUUUAUGUUAGUAGUAGGAGGCUGCCUAGUACCUGAAUGGAAGAGUUCCAUUUAUCAUUUGGGCCUUUUAGGAUUUCAAAUUGAACGCGAGAUGUAAAGAUCCAUGGGCCCUUACUACUUUCAGAGUUCCAUAGAAUCCCAAUGGGCCUCCACGACUUAAAAAUGCUCACUUCUCAAUAUUAAUUUAUCUAUAUUUUGAAAAUGUAGAGGAACCAUUCAAUGGAAAA